AGAAUUUCCUGUAAUCGUCGCGUCUCCUGUCUGCGCGUAGUGCGUGUUGCUUGCUCGUGCGUUGAAGAGAGUUUAUGUUAGGUGUUAGAAGAUGGCCACUGAAGGACUGCCGCCGGACAGAGUCCCGCAAGAGCUGCGCAGGCAGACGCUCUCUCAACUGGAGGAGGCGAUCCGGAACUACCCCGGUACCCCCGGAUCCACGCCGGCGAGCCUACAGAACCCCACGGACGUGGAGAAUAAUCUCUUCGACCAGUCGAGAAACUCGGAUGACUACACGGCCAAGCUGCAGCGAAUUCUCUUUAUGCUAACAAAGAGAAAGAGCCUUCAAAACCUAGCAGCUCAGAACCCGCAGCAGCAACACCAGCAGUCAAAUCAAUCGCUCCCUCAGUCGUCUAACCUCCAACAGCAGCAGUCUCAGUUGAGUGGCGGCGUCUCCUACUCCGUCUCGGGCUCUAACAUGGCUGGAGUCAACCCUGCAGGUAUGGGUAUGACUCGCCCCAUGCAGCAGAUGCAGCAGCCGGGCGGAGGAGGAAGCUACCAGACCUACCAGCAGGGAGGAGGGACCGCCCAGCAGAUGCACCCCACCCAACACCCUCACUAUUCUCCCCACAUGCACCGCACAGUGGGCGGGUCAAUGCAGCAUGGAAUGCAACCGGGAAUGCACCCCACCCAACGACCAAUGAUGGCAGGGGUUGCUCAGGGAAUGGUACACGGUGGACCAUAUGGACACGCCCAACACCCAAUGAGUGUACACAACUACCCACAGAACGUAAACUAUCAGCCACACUUCAACCCAGUGAUGUCUGUAGCCAACCAGAUGCACGGAAUGGGGAUACCGCAGCGCCAACCCUCAAUCAACCCCUCUCUAAUGAGACCCCAGCAGGGACCGAUGGGGCGCGGAAUGCCGGGGAUGGCCGGGGGAGGCAUGAUGCAGCAGCACAGCGGGCCCGGGGCGAUGGCGAUGGCGAUGGGGAGAGGGGGAAUGGGGAUGGGGGGAGGGAUACCGGCGGGGAUGGGGAGGGUGGGCGGAGUGUACGGAGGACCGAUGGUCCAGCAGGUUCAGACUGGGUUUACGUCAGACAUCAGUGGGAGUGUCCAGCCGGUGAUGGCGGUCCCAAACCCCUCCUACCUCCCUGCUUCUUCCGUCGGGGGGAUAAGACAGCCUGCACCUCCAUAUGACUCUGUCGGGCCUCCAGCCUCCAGCAGUGCAGUCUCCAACCCCUCAGCCGCCACCUCCUCGUCCAAUGCUCCCUCUCUCCCUCCCGCUUCCUCCGCUCCACCCUCCUCCUCUUCCUCCCAGCCACAGUCAUCUCUCCCUCACCCCCACCCUCCUCCCUCCACCUCAGCCUCAGCUACUGCCAUGAAUUAUCUACAGGUAUAAAACAUACUUCUAUUACAAUACAUUAUUUGUCAUAAGUCAAGACGACAAUUGGUUAGGUAACAGUGUUGUGGUGUUUAACUUUGACCCAUUGAAAUUAAUGCAAGUUCUUGUUGUAUGCAUGUGCGCAAGGGGCUGUGUGGCGAUGCAAACGCAGCCCGGCACAAGACUACUGCAUCAUAACUGAAGCUAGCAGAAGCGCACGGAAGAAUUCGCAGCCUGUCCCAUCGCCUGCCCCUCCUCCCACUCCACUCCUCCCUGCCUCCCCGGCAACCAGCAUCGGAAGCCCCGCCCACUCCACGGUCACUCCGGAAGAAAACGAGGCGUACCUUCGGACGCACCACGAGCUCCAGGUCUACCUCCCGCUCCUCACUCGCAUGAUGAACCGCACACUGAAGAAAGAGGGUGAAGACGCCCACAAGUCAGAGCAGUAUAUGAAACUCAAGAGCCUCCACAGUUUAUUGCAGGACGACAAGAAGAGGGUCCCUCUCCCGACUCUCAUAAAAUGCAAGACGGCCCUUGAGAAGAUGUUUGAGCAGCAGCAGCUGAGAGAACACCUGGACUCCACCUCUUCGCAGCCGCCUCCCUCCAACCCCCCUUCCGUCGCCCCCGCGCCCCCUGCGACCUCGUCCGCAGCGAACCACACCCUCGUCGACCCCUCAACCAAACCCCUCCCGGAGCCAAAAUCUCAGUCGCUACUAGAGUUCAAAAUGAUUCCUUCACCGACCCCAACACUAGGGAACCUCAUAGAGACAUGUACUGUCCGCUCACAUCCGUUCCCCGCUGACCGUCUUCCUCCCUCCAAGAGGAUGUGCAAUAGAGUUGAGCCAGCAAUAUCUCUCUGUCUGAGGAGAGAGAUUGCCCAUCUGGUGGGGUUCAAAGUUCACCCACUCCCCCAGGAGGAGCAGACCCGAGGGACCAUGCUAGAGUGCAGCAUCGUGGAUGAGGACCUGCCCAAAGUCCCCUCGCUAACCGUCCGUAUUCCUCCGGGGUACCCCGACUACUCCCCGGAGUGUGACCUGGAGUCGUACGGGGGAGGAGACCCCACCCCGCUCCUCUCGGAGGUCGGGAAGCUUCUGGCGGACACCCUGGCCUGCUGCUGUGACAGCUACACCCUCUCCUUCCUGCUGUCCAGCUGGGAGACCAGCCUUCUCAAGGCCCUCUCUUCCCAGUUCUGACAUUCAUUCCCCUCCUUCCCCUUUCUCCUCAUUUUCCUUCCCUCCCAACCUCCUUCACUCCUGAUGCCUGUGUAAUUAUAUACUCCCAUACGCAUGAACUCUUUUCUCUCUCUCUCCUUUCUUCUCUUCAUUUGGCAUAAUGCAUGUUUGCCCCUCUAAUAAAUUUCAAUCUGACUGUCGAACUAUAAUGUAGAACAAGUGCUACACGUUGUUUUAGCGAGCCAAUGGCAAGUACAUGUAGGUCAGCUGCUCAUGAAUAAUAGUGCAUGUGCGUUGUUAAAAAAUGUGACAGCAACAUUUUAAACCUGC